AAAAGAAAAACGGCCAUCAUUCCAAAAUCAAACGAGAAGCGACCACGGGUGUUAGCAGCUGAUGCUCAAUGGUGCGUUUGUAACGUCAGUACGCUUACCUUAAAGGCGUUUGCCCUGGAGCAUGAUUACUAUGAACGCAGGCGCUGCCACGCUCGAUAUAAGACUAUCAUUACUAACAUGUCCGAAGCAGAGCAAUCUCGCCUCCUUCAG